GCCCUUCCCUUUCUCGUCCGAAGCGGUACAGAUUCGGUCUCCUCGUUCUGCUGAGCAGGCGCGGGGUCAUCCAGAGCCCCAAGAAUUCAGGCAGGGGCUUUGCCCGAGGCGCGGAUAAAGCUGCAGGCGGCCCUCUCAGCCCGUCGAGGGUGUGUCGGGAGGAGGGCCCACCUGCCCCUUUUGUGACCCCAAGGCACUGCAGGGCGCCCUGGGCUGCCGGCAAGAAGAGGGUAGCCGCCUGCAGUGGCUCGCCUGGGCACCUCUUGCGCUUGGAGGGGCGCGCGGUAAGCGGGAGGCACGCGCGCAAAGUUUUGGCGGGCGCCCCCUUGUGCGUGGGAGCGUGCUAAGGACAGCCUCGGGGUUGUGCAAACUGAGUUUCUGAGGGGGUGGCUUUGUCUGCUCAAGGAAUCCCUGAGGUGAAACUGGAACUCUGGCCCAGAUCUACCCCAUUGUCUGUGAACUUUGCAGAGGAGUGAAAGCAGGGAGGCAUUGCUGGUGAGCUCAGUUUUUUGCAGAGCAUCUUCUUUCCUUCAUUUGCACCAAACUUCCCAAAGCAUUACAAAGCCGGGAGAACUGUGACCUGGUGUUGAAGAUUAUAGGGAAGGCCUAUCAGGGUUAACAAGAUGGAAAUGUACAUGGACUGGGCAGCUGAAAAGGAUGACUGCAGUAUCACAGUAGAUCGUUUUGAUGAUUCCAUCAGUGCUUCUGAUUGUAUAGCUUAUAAACCCAGCCUACUGGGAGAGAUAGAGGAUGUUAACGUGCCACUUUCCAGUCUCAGUAGCAGCCUUGCUGUGUCUUCAGAUGUAUCUGAUCUCUCUCUAGUGCUGCACUGUGCAAAAAGUGAAAAUUCUGCAACUGCACCUCCAAAAGGAUCCAUUUAUUUCCGAAAAUGGGAUUUGGCCACAGAUGGAGUCUAUGUCCCUUCAAGCGCCGCUUAUAAUUAUCUCGGUGAUGGUAAAGAUCUGGAACUCUGGUCAUCCAGGUGUUCCGCGGAUCUUCAGGAUGGUCUAAAAGAAAAAGAGAGCUUCAUCAUCCUUGUGGACUCUUUGGACGAGGAGAAUCUGCCACCUCUGCUGGGCAAAGUUUUGCCUUACCAGUGUGAGAGGUGUGCAAAAUCAUUCCAAGACCUCCGCCAGCUGGAGGAGCACAAAAAGAAGUAUGUUGCUGGCUGUUCCUACUGGUGCCCAAUCUGUGGCAAAGAGUUUUUCCGCGCCGCUAACUUACGAAUGCACAAACUGACCCACUCUACAGACAGGCCGCACAAGUGCCCAGAAUGUAGCAAGGGAUUCAUCCGCACAGCCGACGUCUGGAGGCACCUCCAAAGCAUGCACAAGAUUGACCGUUCCAGUGUUGUGCUGGGGGACGCUAACAUCAAGAACCCUUGGUCUGUCCUGCACCAGAACCAGGAUCAAAGUUGCAACUCCGGGCAGGUGCGCUCUGCUUCAGAAAACCCUGGAGAAGGUGGUUCCAAGCAAUAUCAGUGCCCAGUAUGCGGCAAAGCUUUCAGCAAAGCCAACUCGCUUUAUAAGCACAAGGUGAUCCACAAGAAGGAAAAGCCAUACCAGUGUAACACAUGCGGAAAGGCUUUUGUCCAGCAGGUGAGGUUGAGAAGGCAUCAUCAGACGCAUACUGCUGAGCGCCCUUUCCACUGCAAAGACUGUGGCAGUGUCUUCAAACACCCUGCUUCGCUUCAGCGCCAUCGUCGUAACCAUACGGGAGAAAAACCAUACUCUUGUGCCUACUGUGGGCAGUCUUUUGCAGAACUGGGCACUUUAAGGAGGCAUGAAGGCAUUCACAGAGUCGUCCAGUCAUAGGACUUGACACAGAGAUUGUGCUUAUCUUAAGUUUUAGUUGUUGUUUUCUUGUCUUAAAAAUAGGGCUUUUCUUGUAGCAGGAACUCCUUUUCCUAUUAGGUCACACACCCCUGAUGUAGCCAACGCUCCAAAAGCUUAUAGGGCUCUUCUUAUAGGGCCUCUUGGAGGAUUGGCUACAUUGGGUGUGUGUGGCCUAACAGGCAAAGGAAUUCCUGCUACAAAAAAAGCCCUGCUUUAAGAAUUGUGUUGGGGUAGUGGCAUCGUUCACACACUCUGCAAAGUGAUGGGGCAGAGUGGAGAGUACCCCUUCCAGUUGUGUGUGAACUCUGUUCUUAUGGAAGAAAGGUUCUAGCCCGUUCUGUCUUCUCUCCUUAUUUUCUUUUUUACUUGCUCAAGGGAGUUUUUAUUUUGUUUUUACAAAGAGUAGCAUUGAAAAUGUGAUCGGCUACCAACAGUCCCUUCAGCCACCCUGGAGUUCUACCAUCCCAUUUUGUUACAUGUGUAGAUCCAUCCCAGGUGAAUACUGAAACUUUGCUCCUGUAAACACAGUGCUUUUAUAGAAGAAUAGGGCUUAUUGUUUCCCCUAUUCAGUGACAUCUCCCUUCUUUAGGUUGACUUUUUAGGUAUUUUACAGUCACUGUAAUACCAGUCUUUGUUUCUACUCUACCCCGACCUUUUCCAUAUGUUAAUUAAGUUCAAGCAUGCAUAGUUCUUCUGUUGAGGCGUUAGUAUAAGAAUAAAAGUUUUGGCAUGA